AUCUCUCUCUCCACCACCAAUAAAUAAAUACGGAAAGAAAAAGGAAAAAAAAAACACCAAUGGCAGCUAAAGCCUCAGCUAAAGCUAAUAUCUACUCUAAAACCUAGAGUCAAACCAAAAAAAAAAAAACCAGACUGAAAAAAGAUAAAACAAAAAGAGGCCAAUCACCGCCCAAAUAAAUCUCGCUCGCCCCGCUGCCCAAGUUAUGGCUCAGAGCCGCACACGGAACCCCACCUCCCCACCCGGCUGUUCGGUGGGGGGUUAUCCAAUGCCCACAAUUACGUGAUAAGCAUCAAUGAUAGAAGGAAAUGGGUGCCAUUUAAUUCUGCAAAAAAAGAAAAUACAAAACAAAAUGAAGGAAAAAAAAGGACGUGGACCGCUUUGUCAUAUAGGUUGCGGCACAACUUAUCACCUCCCACCCUCGCGGCGCAUGUUAGCCCUCUCCCCCACACCUAAUCAGCCGCCCACCCACCCCACCCGCCCUUUUAGCCCACAGCCAUUCUGUAUGUCAACAAACCCCACUUUCUCCUCCUCCACCCCCGACUUUAUCUCCCACCCCUCUAUUAUUCUGCUCCUCCCAUCUUCCUCUUGUUUCCUCCUUCCUGACCCUUAUCCCCUUUGCUAACGUGCACGACAACCCCUUAUCCAUCACUCCCACCCACCUCUGCCAAACUGCGCCUCCCUUUUCCCCUAUCUUUUAACCUAAUCUCAUGUCCAACCCAUCUUCUCCCUCACCCGAACAGGGUAUACCAUCCAACACAUCGCCUCCACCACCAUCGGAAACGCUGCUGUCGCUCCCGGCACCGCCUACGUCCAGAUCCACGCCGUCGGCAACCGCCACCGUCACGCCCAACCCAAGGCGGCUCCCUCCGCCUUGUUGGUCUCACGAUGAAACCGUCGCGUUAAUCGACGCCUACCGCGACAAAUGGUAUACACUUCGUCGUGGGAACCUUAAAGCCAGCCACUGGCAAGAAGUUGCGGACGCGGUGACUCGGCGCUGCCCUAUGGCGACGCCUCCUAAGACGGCCGUGCAGUGCCGCCACAAGAUGGAGAAGCUCCGGAAGCGGUAUCGGACCGAGAUCCAGCGGGCUAGAUCUAUGCCCGUUUCGAGAUUUGUUUCUUCUUGGGUCCACUUUAAGCGCAUGGACGCUAUGGAAAAGGGACCUAAUGUGAAAGCCGAUUAUAACUCGGAUAGCCCAGAUGACGAAAACGGUGAUGACGAAGAAGAUGGGCAAGACCAAGAGUUUUACGACGAUGGCUAUAAAAACGGCAGCCUAAAUACGAGAAGUGUACAAAAGUUGUACAGAAAUGGGAUUGGAAACAACGGUGGAAGUGUCAGCGGUGACGGGAAUAGCGGUGGGUUCAGAAUUAGGAUCCCAACCGGAGUUAGUAUAGCUCAGCCAGGGCCAAGAUUUUAUGGAAAAAUAGAUCACAAGUACGGUGCAAACCCAAAUCCUAACCCCAAUAUUAACGCGAAUUCUCACCCCAGUAAGGGUAAUUUUGGUGGGUCGGGUUCCGGAUCGGCUUAUGGGACUAGGAUUUUAAGAGGGUUUGAGGAUCUGCCCGAGAAAACGGCAGCAUCAGGGAAGCGGGAAAGGGAAAGAGAUGCUGUUACAGAGAUGGUGUCAGCUAUAAAGGUGUUAGGAGAUGGGUUCGUAAGGAUGGAGCAGAUGAAGAUGGAAAUGGCGAGGGAGAUAGAGACGAUGAGGAUGGAGAUGGAGAUGAAGAGGACCGAGGUGAUAUUGGAGUCACAGCAGAGAAUUGUUGAAGCUUUCGCUAAGGCAGUUUCAGAGAGGAAGAAGAAGCCCAAAAGAAUGCCCUCACCUCAGUCCUAAUGGAUUUUCCUUACUGCAAUGUGUCCAAUCCUUUUGACUACGGAUUUGCAAGUGUAAGUUGGUGGAAUGUUUAGGGGUUUACUUCAAUUUUCAUCUUUCUUUGUUUGAUUAUUGAGUGAUAGCAAUAGUGCAUCCUGAUCUGCUGUAGCUUUUGCCUCUUUCUGGACUAAAUGUAGCUUUGUUUUUUUUUCCUUUUAUGAACUUUGCUCCAAA